AUGCGCGAAGAACCGGUCAUCUACAUCAAUGGUCGCCCCUUCGUGCUGCGAGAGGUUGAGAGGCCGUUUACGAACCUCGAGUACACUGGCAUCAACCGGGCGAGAGUGGAGCAGAUGGAGGCUCGGCUGAAGAAGGAUGUGCUCCGGGAGGCGGGCAGGUACUCCAACAAGAUCAUGGUGAGCGAUGAGCUGCCUGACGGCCAGAUGGUGGACCAGUGGGAGCCCGUCGGCCCUGACUCCGUGCAGACGCCUCUCGAGGUGUACCAGGAUCUGCAGAGGCAGGGGUACAAUGUGGACUAUGAGCGCGUGCCAGUCACAGACGAGAAGGUGCCUGAGGAGGUCGACUUUGACCUGCUGGUGGAGAGUCUGAGUGGGGUGGACGAGGGGACGGCGCAGAUCUUCAACUGCCAGAUGGGGCGGGGGCGCACCACCACUGGCACUGUCGUCGCCACCCUCAUCUGCCUCGCUCGCCGCUUCCCCUCCCGCAUCCUGUCGCCCUCAGCGGGCGCCAGCAUGCUGGCCAAGGCGGCGUCCACAGCGGGCCAUGAACCAGGCGGGGCCGCCAAGCUCAUGCUCGGCACCACCACCCCAGGCAAGGCGCACGGCGGAGCAGAGGGGGCAGCGGCGGCGGCGGAGGCAGCGGAGGUGCAGGCGGAGGUGGAGCGCGUGCUGCUGGCGGGGCAGUACGCGGUGAUCCGCUCGCUCACGCGCGUGCUGGAGGCGGGCAGUGAGAGCAAGCGACUCACCGACCUCGCCAUCGACCACUGCGCCUCCAUGCAGAACCUCCGGGAGGCCAUCUUGGGAUACCGCAACCGCAUUCACCGGCACUCGGACGAGAAGAGGCGGCAGGCGGCACUCAACCUGUUUGUGGCGUACCUGGAGCGCUACUACAUGCUCGUCUGCUUCUCCGCCUUCCUGCACUCGCUCACCGCCCCCUCCGCCUCCACCCCCUCCUCCAUCACCACCUCCCAAGCCCUGCCCUCGCCCUCGCUGUCCCACAGCAAGGCGGAUGACACCCACUCCGCGCAUGUGAGGGCGCAGGAGCCCCACACGCCAUCCAAGGAGCGGUUCUCGCUGCUGGACGGGUUGGCAGCCACGCAGGCGCUGAGGGACGCCAAGGGCGGCUUCCAGCGCUGGAUGAAGGCACGCCCGGAGCUCUACAGCAUUCUCCGCAGGCUGUUACGGAGAGACCCCAUGGGAGCACUGGGGUACGCGCAUCCAAAGCAGGCCAGCAUGCCGCGAGGCCUCUCCUUCUCCCUACCUCACGCGGUCUCUUCCUCACCCACUUGUGAUGCUACCACUGCCGUCGCUGCUCUCCAUGCACCUGCUCCCACUGGCGCGGCUUCACUGCCAGCAGUGGCAGCAGCGGGGCAGGGAGAGGGAAUGGAGGUGGAGGGGGCGGAGGUGGAGGCGGGGGACGUGGCAGGGGAGGCGUUUCGCAUGGCGGAGAUGGCGGCUGCCAUUGUGGAGGCGCGCUCAGGGGCCAUGCUCAGCAAGCAGACGGUGCUCAAGUCGGACCACUGCCCCGGCUGUCAGAACCUCUCCCUGCCGGAGCUGCUGGAGGGCGCGCCCAACUUCCGCCAGGUGCACGGCCUGCCCGUCUUCGGCGUCGCCAACCCCACCGUUGACGGCAUCCGUGCUGUGCUGCGCCGCGUGGCGCACGCGGCAGGCAAGGGGAGCGGGGGCGCGGAGGGCGUGGAGCGGCGGGUGGUGUGGCACAACAUGCGGGAGGAGGCGACGGUGUAUGUGAAUGGCAAGCCGUUCGUGCUGCGCGAGGCUGAGAGGCCGUUCAAGAACAUGCUUGAGUACACGGGCAUAGACCGGCAGCGCGUGGAGCGCAUGGAGGCUCGGUUGAAGGGCGAUGUGGAGAGGGAGGCGCAGCGCAGCGGGGGCAUGGUGGUGGUGGACCAUGAGAGCGACGCCGGGGAGCUCUUCCACGCGCUUGAACCCGUGCCCUCUGGCGCGCAUGGUGCCUGUGUGCAGACCCCUUUGGAGGUCUUUCGUAUGUUGCAGCGAGAGGGCUUCAGAGUGGACUACCACCGCCUGCCCACCACGGACGGGCAGCCGCCCAAGAGUCGAGACUUUGACGCCCUGGCCACCACCAUCAGCAGUGCUGGCCCCCACGCUGCCUUCGUCUUCAACUGCCAGAUGGGUCGUGGUCGCACCACCACAGGCACGGUCAUUGCUUCUCUCGUUCUCCUCCGCUGCCUCUACGGCCGCCCUCUGCGUCUGCCCUCACUGCCCCCAUCCCUCGCCCUGCCCUCGCAACUCCACCCCUGCACCAGCCAACCUUCUCCCCCGCGCUGCAGCCCCCGGAGCAGCAGCAGCAGCGGCAGUGAGAGGGGGCCUGGCAGCAGCAGCAGCAGCGGUGGUCAGAAUAGUCACGACAGUAUCAGUGGCGGUGGCAGCAAUGAUGAAAACGCUGCUAUCAGCCGUGAUGCUAACGAGGGUGACAGUAGUGGUGCCAUGAACCCUGACUUGCAAGGGCCCAAGGCGUCGGAGCCACACAGCGGCUGGCGGCAGGAGGAUGGCCCUGCGGUCCACCACACACCCUCCAGCCUCCGCAAGUGCUCCAGCGGCCAGCGGAAACGGCGGGCCACAGGGGAUGCUGGAGCGGGCGAGGGAGGGAAGAUUGUCGAGCGGAGGAGAUCGGGUUCAGGCAACGGGAGAGAGGGGGGCGGAGGGAGAACGCAUGAGGGCGAGGGCGAGGGCAGGGGUGGGGGAAGGGGGCGGGGCAAGGCGCAGAAGACAUGGGUGGACGAGUUUGAGCUGGAGGACAUCCCCGUGGUGCGCAAGGUGACCCGCAUGCUGGAUGGCGGCGCUGCUGCGCGGCACGUGCUGGAUGGCGUGGUGGACCGCUGCGCGCAGAUGCUCAACAUCCGUGAAGCCAUCCUCAGCUACCGCCGCGCCUUCAACAUGCAGGACGCGGAUGCGCGCACGAGGCAGAGUGCUCUGAGUCGCGGCGCCGAGUUCCUGGAGCGCUACGUCAUGCUCAUCGCCUUCGCCUCCUACCUCUCCUCGCCUCUCUUCCGCCCCGCCGCCCCCUCCCUCUGGCCGCGCUCCUCCUCCUCCUCUUCCUCUCUGCCCUCCAUCCCCCCCUCCUCCUCACACACCGCCCUGCCCCGCCUCUGCCCCUCGCUGCCUGCUGCCACCAGCUCCUCUCUCACCGCUGCCACUGGUGAGGCUGCACGCUCAGAUGCAGGGGAGGAUGGUGCAGAGAAAGAGAGAGCAGAAGAGCAAGGUGGGGGGCGGAGUGAGCCAAAGCAGGCCAAGGUUAAUGGAGAAGGAGAGGGGGAAGUGGAGGCGGUGAGCUUCAAGGCGUGGCUGAAGCGGCGGCCGGAGAUCCGGCAGAUGAAGUGGGGCCUGCGCUUGCGCCCUGCCCGCCUCUUCACCAUUCCGGAGGUGGGCGUGCGGCUGCGAGACAGCGAUGCGAGCGCCAGCGGGGCAGCGGGGGCGGGGGAGGAGAGGGAGGCGGAGGAUGCAGUGUUGCGGGCGCGGCGAGGGGCAGUGCUGGGGCGCGGGUCCAUCCUGAAGCUCUCUCUCUUCCCCGGGCUGCAGCCGUCCGCGCUCAACUACUCCAUCCAGAUCCCCCACGUCCCCAACUACUUCGAGGCCCCAGGGUAUCCAGUGCACAGCAUGGCGACACCCACGGUGCAGGGCGCACAGGCCGUGCUCGCCCACCUGGGCGCCGUGCCACAGCCCAAGCCACCACCCUCCACAACACCAGCCGACGGCACCGCUGGUGGCGAGGGCGAGACUGGGAGGGGGAGCGGGGAGCGGGAUGCAAAUGGGGAGGGGGAAGGGGGAGGGGAGGCGGAUGGGAAGGCGGAAAAGAGGGAAGGGGCGGAGGUGGAUGGAAAGGGGGGACCGAGGGGGGAAGCGGAGGUGGUGAUAGUGGACCUGCGCGAGGAGGCGGUGGUGUACGUGCAUGGCAAGCCCUUUGUGCUGCGCGACGGUGACCAGCCCGCUGCUGCCCUCAAGCACGUGGGCAUCGCCGGUGGUGCUGUGGCGGCCAUGGAGGAGCGGCUCAAGGCAGACAUCCUGCAGGAGGCUGCUCGGUGCGGCGGCAUGGUGCUGCUGCACAAAGAGAGGCCCAGAGAGGGGCACGUGCUGCAGGGCGGGAGCAAGGGUGUGGACGCGGGUGGCAGUGAGAAUGCGGUUGAUGGAACUGCUUCUGCUGCUGGGGGAAGUGGCGGUGUGGAGAGUGGCUCUGCUCCUGCCGUUGCUGCUGGUGUCACGGUCAGUGGUGCCACUGCUGCAGAUGGCACUGCAGAUGGCGCUGUUGCUGCUUUGCCUUGUGCUGCUGCAGAUGACAGCACUGGUGCACAGCACACGACAGGCAGCACAGCUGCUGACCCGCCUGCAUCAGGUGCCGCUGUGCCGGUGGGCCCCACGGAGAUCAUCGGCGUGUGGCGUGCGGUGGGGCCGGAUGACGUGAAGACGCCAGCACAGGUGUACGGCGAGCUGAGGGAGCAGCAGGGUUACCUCGUGGACUACCGGCGCAUCCCCCUCACGCGGGAGAGGGUCCCCGUGGCCUCCGAUGUCGAUGCGCUGCAGCUCUACAUUCAACGCCGAGGCCCCAACGUGAAGUUCCUGUUUGUGUCGCACACGGGCUACGGCGCGAUUGCAUACGCCAUGGCCCUCACGUGCCUGCACCUGCAGGCCACCACUCUCCCCUCGCCUGCUCCCCAUGCCCCCUCUGCCGCCCCCUCAUCACCCACCGCUGCUGCCACAUCACCCACCACCCUCGCCAAGCCUGCUGCUGCUUCAUCCAUUCCGGUCCCCAAGGCUGGCGGCGGUGGGGGGGGGAAGGGGGAGUAUCGAAACGUGCUGCAGCUGGAGCGGGUGCUGGUGAAGGGGCCGCACUGCAAGCGACUUGUGGAUGCCGUCGCUCACAGGCUGCUGGCGGUGGGGCGGAUAGUGGAGGACGCGGGGGAGUACAGGAGGGCGGUGGAGGCGGUGCAGGGGGACGACACGGUGGACCGCGACAGGCGGGCGGCACUCACUGACAUGGGCCUCAAGGCGCUCAGGCGCUACUGUUACCUCAUAGCCUACCGUUCCUACCUCUUCUCCAGGGCAUCUGCCAGCGGUGCUGUCAGCAGCAAGGGCAAGGCAGUGGUGGAGACAGGGGGGGCCAAGGGAGGAGCAGGGGGCAGUGGGGAGUCGUUUGGCGCGUGGGUGGCGCAGCGGCCGGAAAUAGAGCACAUGCUACAGCACCUGGUGCUGGAGUGA